AUGGCUCGGUUUUUAAUUCGUCAGCAAGAGAAAUUUGUGCAAGCUCUUGGAAAGCACAACAUACCGGGAUUACGAUGGUUACUUGAAGGAUUCAAUUAUUACGAUAUUUCACGAGUGAAGGAGGUUGGUCCCGACCGUGCUGCAGCAGAAUGGAUUGUUCGCGUUUUUUUCGGAUUUGACAAGAUUGCUGACACUUUCAACGACUAUAAUGCCCUGAUCAAGCGAACCGCUGAGCUUGAUCCCAGGAUACCGGCGGACAACGUGAAAGUCACAAACAUUUACGCUGUGGAUGCUUCCGUCACCGGUUACGGUUGUCGUCAUUUUGAAGGUUUGCAUGGGAUCAAGGAAGUGCAUUUCAUCCGCUGUGACAACUUGCACGAUUUUGGAUUGGAGUAUAUGGCUAAGGCUGUUGGAACACACUUGGAACUUCUCGAAAUUGACGGAUGUCGACGAAUAACAGAAUUUGGGUUGGCUCACUUAGAAUUAUGCAGGUCAGUGUGUGUGUCACAUAGGGCUACAAUGGUAUCUUUCCACUAA